AGAGCGAGUUUUUUCGCAUCGCGUCGAUUGAUCUUUCCGUUGGGUAAUCGGGGUAUAGAAUCCACGAAGAAUAUCCCGCCUCGGAGUUGUUUGUAAUCAGGCACCCUACCGUUGACGUAAUCCAGAAGUUGCUGCUCUGUCAGCGGCGGAGCCGCAGCAUUCAAGGUUCUAACAACUAGCGCGCUCGCCAAAUCUACGUGGGGCGGUUUUGGAUGGGGCAACUCAACAACCACUGCCUGGCUGACAUCCGCCAGUUCCAUCAGCACUGCCUCCAGCUGGGCAGGUGCUAUCUGGUAGCCCUGGUAGCGGAGCAUUUCCUUCUUGCGAUCGGUGAUGUACAGGAAGCCGACCUUGUCGAAGUAGCCGAUGUCGCCGGUCUGGAUAAAUCCGUCCGCGGUGAGAAGGGCGCGCGUUUCCUGCUCGUUUCCGUAGUAUCCGGCGAAGGGGUGAAUGUAGCGCACCUGUAAUUCGCCUUCCUGUUCAGCGCCCAGGAAGUCGCCCUCUUCGUUGACGAUCUGGAGGGAAGCGAUUGGAAAAUGGUGUGCUGAACUAGAUCAUUCGAAAAAGUGGACGAACCAAGAUCAUAUUUUCGACUGGACAAACCAACAUCAUUUACCUCAACACCAAUAGGGCCAAGAAGAGCGCACCGGUUCGCAGGUUGGGUACCGCUGCUCCAAGACAUCACUCACCCUGACGGUAACAUUCGCCAUCAACAUCCCAACCGAGCGGGGCUUCCCGGACAGAUUGAUGGAAACGAUUCCACCGGUUUCACUCAUCGCGUAGCCGACGUACACUUUCCCGCCGGCAGUCGCCGUCUUCAGCAGUUCAUUUGCGCGUUGCUCGAGCGACUCCGGAAGUGGACUCCCGCCGCAGCCAAUUAUCCUCAGCGAGGAUGGAAGCACACAUCGACGCGCCUCACAGUACUCAACCAUGUCCGCCAGCAUGGGUGGCGGCGUGAAUAAGUACGUAAUUUUGAAUCGCUCUAUCAACUCGUACGCAUAGACCGGGGAGAAGGGCUGAACGGUUACAAUGCGUUUACCCCCGUUGAAAAGUGCAAUCAUUAGGACCUGAAGCGCCGACACCCAGUAGAGCGAGCUGAAGCAUAGCAAGGUAUCCGAGCCGAGAUGGCUUACCCGGGGAUAGGGUGCUAUGAGCUGGGCGUGCGUUAGACAAACCGCUUUCGGGAAGCCGGUUGUUCCCGAUGAGCACACAACCACUGCGAUGGUUCUGUCCGAAUCGCCAAGGUAUGCCGGGCGAUAGAGUUUCUCAUUUUCAACUGGUUCAAACAGCAUUCCAGUCACUUCCGCUGUGUCCAGCACCAUCACCCGCGCGUUUAAAUUCGCCUGAGAGCAAGCUGCCUCAACCACCGCCCGGUUGUGUUGGUUGCAAAAUACCAGCUUCGGUUGGGUGAGACUCAUCAGCUGCCGGAGAUCGGAUUCAUCGAAGGAAGCAUCCAGCGUGUGUACCGGCGCUCCUAGCAGGAAACAACCGAACAGCAGCGGUGUUACACUGCAACUGUUACUCACUACCAUACAGAUCAUAUCACCUUGUGAAACACCGCACUUCUUGGCUAAAUUGAGAGCUGCCCGAAUCGAUCGAAUUCUCAGCUCAUCACAGGUGUACGCGACCUCCGAUUCGACAUCUAUUUCGAACACUCGGUCGGGCGUACGCUCAAGAAUGUUCACGAUCACUUGACCGAGACUGGCAGCCGGAUUGAUGACCGGAGGUUGCCGAGGACCGACCCAUGUGCGCGUGGUUGGAUCGAAGCGGGACAUCGCGUCGUACGAACGAGACACGGGUGUUCCUAGCGAGAGCUUUGGCCUCCAAAUGCUUGAUCGUAGCCGGCUAUGACUCUAUGAAGCUCCCAUAACAGAAGCUAGCGCCGACUAGUUGCUAAGCAACUUUUCGCUCAACAACUAGUAGACUUUGUAUUGAGCAGAAUUGAUUUUUCACCAUUCUCUGACAUUCACUACUUGGACGCGGACAAGAUUUUCCCGACGACGAAGUAUGGAACAUUUUCAACAAGAUUCGGCUCAUGCGUCUGAUGAAGAAGAAACUCGAUGCGUUAACAAUGCCAUAUACAUCUCGAAGGACCGUCAGUUAGACGAAUUGGACUAUGUCGACAGUAGCGAUUCAGAAUCGAUCAUUUCCUCACUAACCAUUGAUACACUCAAGGCUCCGCUGUGUGCGUUGGAGGAAGAAUGGAGUUCAGAGUCAAGCAGCAGUACAUCGGUGCCAUUGAAAAUGACAUACACUAGUAAAGGAUCCAACUCACAGGCCUUUGAAGAAUGGCUGAAGAGCAAAAACGAAACUGAUCGCAAACGUAUUGAGCGUGAAAAGAAGCGAAAAAGUCACGAAGAAGCAAGAAGGAAAAUAGAAGAUGAAAGACGAAAACAGGAAAACGAGCAGAAAUUCAAACAGUGGAUGCAGCGCAAGAAAGAAGAGGAGGAACAGAGGAAGAACAAGCAACCGCCCUUCGAUCGGAAGGAAACGGAGGAGGAGAAGCCGAAAAGGUGGAUCCCCACAGAGGAGAGUGUUUCCAACUUUGAGGUUUGGUUGAGUCGAGUGGAGGAGAAAAAACGACAAGCGCAACUGCGUGAACAGACGAAACAGCGCAUGGAUACGAAUGUCAAACAGAAGCGUCAGGACUUGUCCGCGAUGGCUUACGACGAGUGGCUCAAGUCAUCCGUGUCGAAGCCCAAGCCAGUACCGCUGAACCGUGGAACCGAGAGCCUUCGAGGCACUAUUUCGAAGCUCUAUAUCAAUCCAGUGCCAUGGAAGGGAAAUGAUGAAAAGAGUACUAACCAUUAGGAGGUUGAUAUGUUUCUUUUGAUGUCGGAUGGGUGUGGUGACGCAUGAAAAAAAUUCAGUGUUAUCAUUUUUACAACAUAGCGCCUGACAUGUUUUUGUUUUGGUCUACCUUUUCGAGGGUUACUUUAUGCAUAUAUAUAUAUUUUAUAUGUGGUCCUCUUUUGUCUUUUCGUUUUUAUCUCACGUUGUUAUACAUGUCAUUUUUUAAAUGUGAAGGAAGAAAGAAUUACCCAAGUUUA